GGCGGGCUCGCGAGCGGCUCGGGUCCGACUCGAGCGACACGACGACGAGUUACGGCAUGCUGGACGUGCUGCGGAGCCUGAAGAGCCUGCUGAAAAUCAGCAGGGUCCACAUUGACAACAACGUGUUUCGGCUCCAUUAUACAGUCACGGUCGUCGUCCUUAUUGCCUUUUGUAUCAUUGUAACCACUAAGCAAUUCGUCGGUGAGCCAAUAGACUGCAUACAUAGCAGCGAGGUGCCUGAAUCGGUCAUCAACACUUUCUGUUGGAUCCAUACUACCUUCACAGUUCCCUCUGCUUAUGGUAAGGAGGUGGGCAAGGACGUGCCGCAUCCAGGCAUAGAUUCAACUCAAGACGCUUCGCAAUUCCGCUAUCACAAAUACUACCAAUGGGUAUGCUUCACACUGUUCUUCCAGGCAGCGCUAUUCUAUAUACCGCGAUGGCUUUGGCGCAUGUGGGAAGGCGGCAAGAUUCAAGCGCUGAUGAUGGACUUGGACAUUGCUUUGUGCAGCGAAACAGAAAAAAAGCAAAAGAAAAAGCUUCUUGUAGAUUAUCUCAUGAGCACGCUGAAACAACACGACUGGUAUGCAGCGCGAUACUUUUUGUGCGAAACAAUGGCUUUUGCAAAUGUCGUUGGCCAAAUGUUUCUCAUGAACCGCUUUUUCGAUGGAGAAUUCUUAAGCUACGGUAUAGAAGUGAUUCGCUAUUCAGAGAGGGAUCAAGAGACUCGAACAGAUCCCAUGAUCCGAAUUUUCCCUCGAGUCACCAAGUGCCGAUUCUACAAAUAUGGCUCGUCUGGAAAUGUGGAGUUGCACGACGCGCUCUGUGUCCUGCCUCUGAAUGUAAUCAACGAAAAAAUUUACAUCUUCCUCUGGUUCUGGUUCAUCAUUCUUUCUGUGUUGACUGGAGUUGUGCUCGUCUUCCGGGUGGUCAUCGCCGCCUGUCCUCCAGUCAGAGUUUACCUCCUGAACAUGCGUUUCAGGAUCGUGCACUUAGAUCAUUUACACACUGUGGUGAGACGGGGAUCUAUAGGAGACUGGUUCUUAGUGUAUAUGCUCGGACAGAACAUAGAUGCUGUGAUCUUCAGGGAGGUGUUGGCCGAAAUGGCGAAGAGGAUGACCACAGAACCGAAGGAGGCGGCAUGACACGAAAUGUGUCGGUGUCUCCAACGCUGUGCCUCUGUUCCAUAACCUGCCUUUUGAGUGUUCAUCUUGAACAAAAGAAAGUGAUAAUAAUGCAUGGUUUCUUUAAGAGAUCUCACUUAAUGGAUACUAGCAAGGUAUGGUAUCAGACGUUAUUUGUGCUUGCUCAAGCAGUUCAAAAGCUUCAGUGUCCUGAACCUUUCACACACCAUGCAAAAGGUGAUUUAUUUUCAAUUUUAUUUCUCAAAAAUGCAUUUAAUCCCCUUGAUAAAGUUCACAUUUUUUCAAGUAUGUUCCUACUGCCAAGACGCAAAUAUUUUCUUUGUUAUUUAGUCAAGAUAUAUGUAUUUUAUUUUGCAUGUUUCUAUUAGAGUUGGGUAGUGAGUUAUCGAAGUGAUUCGUUGCUUUGAAUCAUACUCUUGGUAUGGAUUCGAGUCUGUAAGUUCGCAUCAGUGUCAUUUAUAGCGUGAUGUAAACAUGUGAAAACUAUGCAACUACCAAAAAUAAGAGCAUUAUGAUGAACAUGAAAAAAUUGCAACAAUAGUCAGAGUGUGUUUUGAUUUUGAUAGAGUUUUGAGUUCCUAAAUUGAGUUUUCUAAUAAAAAGCAGUUUUGUCAGAAUCCCUUGAGUGUAAAAAAUUGAUUUAUGAUAGAUAAUUUGUAAAAUAAAUACACAAGUUUUCUGUCAGUUCACAAUAAUAUAGAUUAAUUUAUUACACUUUGAUUCAUAAUA